UGGGGACAGGAAGUUGCGGUUGAGUCUGACAGAGGAAGGAUCGGACGAAAACAUCACAGUAAAAAUGGCUGACGGUUUUGAUCCUUGUGAGUGCGUCUGGAAUCAUGAACAUGCCAUGCAAAGACUUAUUAACUUGUUGAGGAACACCCAGACAUAUUGUACCGACAAUGAGUGUUUGACAGACUUGCCUGGUGCCAACACUGCUCCUGAUGGCGGCCUCAACAACAUGAUGCUGAUGAUGUUAGGCUGGGUAGUCUUGGCUACAGCUCUCUUCCUUUUUCGUCCCAGGAGCAUGAGGGCAACUGGUGACUCCAAACCAGCCAGGAAUAAUGACCCAAGUCCCCCUCCACCGGGUCCCUCGGUUAACUGAAGAGAUAGUAGUGGAGCAAGGUUGAAAUCUCAUUGUGGCUGGACUACAUUCUAUCACUGUCAUCUGGUGACGGACAUUCAACAUUUUCUGUUACAUUUUUUGUCUCAACCAGGUGCCAUAUUAUUUUAUCAAAUCUAUAUGUGUAUUCUUAUAUGGGCAACUGUAUUCACUGCUGCCUAAUUAGAUUUUGAUUGAGAAAGUAAGGAAACAAAUUGAACAUGUACUGAUUUCAAUUAGAGGAAAACUCUCCUAAGCAUGAUGUAGACAUCAAGAUAAAAAAAACUUAGUGAGAUCUUUUAUGAUUGUGCAUGUGGAUUAUCAUGUCCUUCACACAGGUUUAGGAUUUAUUGAGAAAAAAAAACAAAAGAAAACAGUAUACAUGUACUGUUACAUGAAUUAUAUAAAAUCACAAUAUUACUGCUUUUUGUUAUUUUUCUGUGUUAUGGGUGGUGUAUAAUAGUUACCAUCUGUCAGUUUCAAAUAUCAGAAGUGAUAUUGUAUUAUCAUCCCAGAACUAAUGCACAUAAGUCAAUGUUAGUUAGCAUAGAAUGAAAUGUGUAGUGUUUUUUUAUGUUUGAUCUCAAACAUUGUCACAUGUCAAAACAUUUAGAAUCUUAAAAAAAAAGAUAUUACAAAUUGUUUUUUCCUUGUUGCUGUGAAUGACACUUAAGUGUUUAACUUCUCUAAAUUUUGGUGGGCUUUGUACUAUUGAUUUAUCAUUGUUUAUAAUCUUGACUGUGUUGUGAGUAAAACCAGUCCAUUAUCAGUUCUAGUUUAAUGCCACACCUUUUCGUCAUGGUUACAACAGGGAAAUGUCAUUUGGUAAUGAGCUUACCAUAGCUAUUCUGUUUCUGAUUUUGUUGAUUUGUUGUUCAUAAAAGAUAAAAAUAGAUAUUUCUACUCCACUUGUGUGAGGCUAUUGCUAUGUGGAGAAUAAAGAAAAUUGAUAAAAAAAAAACACGUUAUAAAAACCAUUAUAAAACUGGUAUUUAAAUGCUUUGUUAUCCGAGACUAGGAUACUUUACAAAAAUAUCUUGAAAUAUUUAGUAACUUAAACCAUAAAUUCUGUGAAGUGCCUUCCUAAUGGAAGUUCAAGAUGGAAAGGAGGUCUAGAUUUAGCUAUAGCUGAUAAUCAGUUUGAUAUAAGAAAGCAAUCCUGGCAACAAUUUUGUUUUCCUUGUUUUUUGUUGAUGUUUGCUAUUGUUUAGUCACUUAUAUAAGAUGGAGUUUAACUGAGAAAUAUACACAAAGUAUUCAGAUACCAUGCCUGAUAUUCAAUAUAAAUAGAGCUAUGGUAGAUUUCAGAAUUCUUUGAGGAAUUUUAGAAUUGAUCAUUUUUUGCUCAUUUUAAAUAUUAAAGUGCUUUUUGUGUAACCAACUUCAGCGUCAGUGUAGUUCAGGUGCUCCUGAUGGUAAGUAGUUGUCUUUAUAGAAAUUUCCUUAUUUUGUGUCAUAGUCAUCAUCUAAUUCAUCAAACGCUUUUCAAGUAUAAAAUCUACAAAUGAAAGGGGAAAUUAUCAGUCAGUCUUAAUGUUCUAAUCAUAUUUUUUUACUUUAUUGUAAUUGUAAUGAAAGUUUUUGGGUUUCAAGACAAUAUUUCUUAUAUUUUUAGAUCAUAUUUUCACAUGUUUAGAUAAAAAGCAUAAUGGAAAUCAAUUAUGUUUGAAAAACUUAAAAUUCAUCAACCUUUGUCUUGUAUUUUUAAUAACUCAGAUUUUUUUUUCUAAAUCUCAAGAGUUACUGAAGGGGAGUUAUUAAUAAAUUAUUGUAAAUUGACCAGAAAAAAUAUUGUAUGAACUCAUCGGUUUAUUUUUAUUGAACCUUUAUGAUUCUAUAUGCCUCAAUUUCAUAAAUGGGACACAAUGUUGGUUAUAUGAUUAGACAUAUUUUUGCAUAUACCAUAUUUUACCGCAAAUAAGCCUUUUUCAUUUAGGUUUAAGAAUUGAUAGAAUUUAGUCCUCUGUUUUUAUAUCUGGCAAGAUAUGAAUGUCACAUGUUAAGUUUGGAUGUACCUAGAAUGAAACCUACUAUACAUCAGUAAUGAUGUGUGCUUCUGUUGAUAUAGUACUCAGUAAAAGUGCUAUAAAUUGUGUUUUGCCUCCUCAAAAUGACUGAUAAUAAUGAAUGAUUCACAGAUAUUGAUCAAUGAUAUACCUGUCUGUGUGAGUGUUGUAUGUAAGAAUAAAAUUGAUAAAACUACAACUUCAUUGAUUAUUUAUAUACACAGUAUAUAAUAUGUUCUGUGUAGUAAUAUGAUAUAGAUAGAUCUGUUUUGUGAGGAAGCUUUUCGAUGGUGUGAAAUUUGUUGUAUUUACUGAAGGGAGAGCUUGGGUAUGACAGCAUGUCAUUUAUGUGUAUAAAAAUAUAGAAAGAUUUCAUAGGAGAUUAUGAUUCAAUUGUAACUUUUUCAUGUACUGUAUAUUUUGGAAUAUAUAAUAUAUUCUGUGGUGACAGUUGAUUUUCAUAUCCUGGAAAAACUUAAACAAAUGGAUUUGUAAAUAUUGUAAGUAUAUUUAACCCUAACAGAAAGUAUAGCUGUAAGUGUUAACCCUUUCUAUUUGCAUUUACUGGAUUUAUUUAAUCUGAAAGGCAAUUCGGGUUUUUAAAUGACAUUUGAAAUAUAAGAUUCUGAAUUGUAAACAGUAAACAAUUUUGUUAAUGUUAUUUUUUCAAUAUUUUAAUAUUUAUUUCCAUUCUAUAAGACAAAAAGAGUUCAAAUAUUAUUCCUACUGAUUGAUUGUGUAGUGAAAUAAUUUUGUACCAUUUUCUUGGUGAAAGGUGAGAAAACAUAAAUGCUUAAUUUAUACAGGUAUGUAUUGAAAAUUUGUAACAGCAACUUACUUAUAAACAAUGAUAUAUAAUGUUGAUAUUAUUUCACUUACUGCUGAUAUGUUAUAAAGCAAUGUACAGUAGCUGCCUAUUGUAUUACACUUGUUGAAAGAGGCUUAAGAUGUUUUUAAGCAUAAUUUGGUAUGAAAACAAAGAAAGAAAAUAAAAACCAUUUUGUCACUAAAACUGAUAUGCCCUAUAUCAAGCACCAGUUUAUAGGUUCAGGUAGAAAUUAAGCAAAGAUUGUCAUAUAUCAUCAGUUUUUUUUUUUUUGCGUUAUUGGCAAUUUUUAAGAAAUUCUUUGAAAAUUGCCUACACAUUUUAGACAAAAAAUAUAUAUUUAUAUAUAUGUGUGCAAUAACUAUGGUGAUAUAGAAAGCCAGAAAUGAUGUUGAUUGUCAGCAUAACUUUGUAUGCUAGUGGAGAAUGAGCUUGUGUGAUUUUGUAAAGAGAUAAAAAUUAAAUAACAAAAAUGGAGAAAUAAUGUACUGUUACUGAGUAGCAAAUUGUAAACAUGAUAUUAUGCAGUGUUAUAUGUCAGACUUUAGGUAAACCAUAUGCUGUAGUACAGGCAAGUUUGUAAGCAGAGAAGAUAAUUGUACUUACAGUUCAAGACCUGUUUAUAAACCAAUGAAAAAUUAUUUUGAGAAAAAACGUGUAUAUCACUGGG